AUGCGCCAGCGGUUGGGGCAGCAACUGCACCGCCAGCGGUUGCAGCAGCAGAAGCAGCUGCAGCAACGGCAACAGCAACAGCAACAAGCACGCUCACGAACACAGUCGCAGCCACAGCAGCAAUCCUUGCACGAGGGGGUUUUGAUCAAUAGCUGCAGUACCCAGACUCUGGCCUCCAGCUUCUGGCAACCGCAACCUUUGAGAUUGGGACCAGCUCCAGGGAGCAGGGAACAAUUGCAGCAGUCCACCUUUGAGGAUUACCGGAAGAACCUAUUCGGUACCCUCAGGCGGCAUGGCAGCGUAGAGGACGAGGAUGCGGAGCUGCAGGACGAGUCUUUCAUUGUGAAUGCAGCCUUUGAUGAGAUCUUCGCCCGCUACGACGACGAGAACGAAGAGGAAAAGGCAGCAGAGCGGAGCCACACGCAGACGCAGACCACCACCGAUGACAUCUUCGAGGACGAGCACAUGCUGGUGAGCCUCAGCGAGCUGGACGACGAGGUGUUUGCCAGUAGGGCGCAGACGGCCUGCACCACGCCCACCAAAAAUGCGGCAGGGCGAACGCCCAAGCACAGCACUCCGCAGCUUAAUCUAAACAAAUAUCCUGCCCCGUCUCCACCCCGAUCCCGCACCCUAACGAAUCUCUUCGAGCGGCUCAAGUCGCAGGACCACAAGCUGCAAAAGUACCCCGGAGAGGCCACGCUCAACGAGGCGGCCGACUUCAACCGGGGCUCCACCGUCAGCAAGUCCUUUGUGCAACAGAUGAGGAAGCCAUCGCACAAGCAGAAACGGGCACCAAGGCCACCGCCCAAGCCACAGUCCCGAUCCCAGGUGGCCAUUGCCCAUGUGACGCCGCUGAGGAAGGCCCUGAUCUUCCCGAAGCGAUCCAAGUCCUCCAGCGAACUGCUGCUCGACGACCUGGGCGUCCAAGCGCGUAAGUAUCACCGAUGGACGGAGCAGGGAUCAGCGCUGUAGACAGGAUCCGUGGGCACCCAGUUAUGCACCUGUUUCUCACCCGUUGACCAGUUUGACCCACCUAGAUAUUAAAUCGAUUCUCACGUACUAUGUAUAUUUCCGUUUACCCAGAGGCGACGCUUUUGUAGACUAAGUGACCCUAGUGACCCCGACCCCUACCUUCGAAUCUCCGACUCCCCCAAGCAGGCAGACCCCCAAAACCGAUCCCGAAUCCGAUGUAGAUGAGAAUGAGGAGAGUGCAGCUAUCCCGCCGCCAUAACGGAAGAUACAGAUACGACCCGCAGCGAACCCAAAGAGAAUUGAGCCAUACAAGGAUAAGCACCCGCAGAACUAAACUUAUUUCGUAAUUACCCGUAAAUAAAUUAAAUUAAGCCAAGUACAUUAAUCGAAAAUGCAUGAAAAUCAAAUUAAAGAUGACUAACCAUAUUUACAUAAAUGUGUACGCAUAAAUUACUGUACAAAUAGGACCGAAGAAGCCCCCAGCGCACUGAGGGAUAGAUAUGAAAGUGAAAAUCAAAAGGCAGAUCGUGCUCUCAACCUAGUGCAAGUUAUUAACGAGUACAAGUUUGUCUCUUCAAUUACUGUUUAAUUUCAUCAAUGAAUAUAUAUACCAAACAAUCCCGAUAUACAUCUAUACA